AACAGCAAAAUGUUUACAUUUUAUUUUUUGAAAUAAUUUCCAAGUUUCAAAUUUGUAGGUCUUUUAUGUUGUGUACUAGUACUUUUACUUUAAAACUUAACCAGCCAAUUUUGUGAGUGAUUUUUUCUAGCAAGUUUUUAGCUCAAGUCAAGUUAGUCUACUGUAGGCCAUGUAAACUGCAAGUUUAGUGGAUUCAGGGUGAGACUUUCUUCAAGUUGUCACAAGGACAUAAAAUAAUCUCAGAAGGAUGGAUGAAGAAAAAGGGUCGACUAGUCAAAGUAUGUCGCCUGACUCUGUGGACGAGGAAAGGCCACUCAAAAAAGCUAGAUAUGUUUGGCAGAUUAAAGGACGUUGUCGCUUGGACAGACCAAGAGGAGGGCGCAGUUGCAGCCACCAGUCCCAGGCUCAGCCGCAGCAGGCAGCAGAGUGUCCUAUUGGCCGCUGGCAGACAAGACAGAUGGCACGAGCUGUAGUAGACAACACUAUCAACUCCGUGCUAGAGGACAUGGGCUUCACCCCACCCCCAGACAACGAAGACAUCAUCAGCUUUGACAUCUUCCCCACCAUCCACAAUAGAGAAGGCAUAGAGAACCAAGCUGUUCUCAUGGCCAUACAGAGCCACGGGUUGCAGAAACCCUGUAUAUGCUCUCAUUCCUUGGGAGCAUCUGUCUCGACCCAUCCUGUCCCCUUCCACCAUCGACCGUCGACUCCCCUCCCGUCUACAUCGGAGCCGCAGGAGAAGUACGCAGGUGAAACUGACUUUCUGGCUCAAGCUGUAGCUGUAGCGAUCCAGAAGAAAGGUCUCGGAUCGUAUUCCGAAACCGAUCACGGCUAAUGAUGCGUUCAAUGAGUACUACUGAGUUCCUAUCUGUGUUGACGAACAUAUCGGCACUUGUUGGAUUGCAUUGUCUAGUUUAUUGUAAAUUCAGUGUAACUUAGGAGAAAGGUAUAUUAAGAUACAGCAGAACUCUAACUAUCCGUACCAGUUGGGACCGGAACCCAUCCGAUCAUAGUAAUGAAAAAAUUUAUGGUCAAAUUUUUCAAGAUGUCGCUAGAAAGCUCAUUAAUACAACAAUGCAAUAGUGUCACUGCAAGAUGUACGCAAUUUGGCAAUCUGGGUGGUUGGAGUUCUAAUGUUGUUAGUAACGGCCAAUUGACUGUCAGUGUGCUUAAUAAAGAAUGUUGUUUGUUGAGUGUUUGCAUGAAUUGAUAUCAAGUGUAAAUUGUUACUAAAACUUCAGGAUAUUGAAACACGUUAUUUUGUUUAGUUUAAAAAGUAUCUAACUUUACAUAUUUUAUGGAAACAUCUUUAUUAAUAUUAAUUUCUAUGAAAAUUAAUCAACUUAUUCUUAUAACCCAUGUUGAUAAUUUAGUAAAAACAAAAAAAGAUUUUUUUAUUAAGGUACUUAGUGUAGGUUUUUUUGUGGUAGGGAUUUUGCACAGAAUAAUCCCAUCUGGUAUUUAAUGACUACAGGUUUUUGUUAAGUUUAAAAUUUUAAGUUAAAAAAAGUUAAGUUUAUUUUUUUUACCAUAGUAAAACUAAGUAGGUUUUUUUUUUUCUUGUCUCUGAGAGUUUAGUUUUCUUUAAUCUCUUAUUCAAAUUGAAUGUAUGUUUCACUUAGCAAGAUCACUGACAAACGUUUUUAGAAAGUACCUAUAUGUGAAUGUUUAUCCUUCAAUAAUUUUUCAAAUAUCUUUUUCUGUACUAUUAAAUGUCACUUUUAUCGGUAAGUGUCAGUGUACAUAUCUUAUAACAUUAAAAAUUAAAUCACAUAGUAGUUCAUCUGCGGAUCUUUUUAGAAUUGUAUUGAAAUAUCUUAAUUUGUAUUAUCCUUAAGUAAAUAAGGGGUUUUAAUUUUUUGUUAAUUUUUAUCAGGAACUCAAUGUAAAACGCCAGAUUAAUCUAGUCAAAUGUUCUAGGGUUUAAAAAGUGGUUAAUGAUUAUGUUUAUUUUUGUAUUACCAACAUAGGCUUACCUAGUGGCGUCAUUUUCUGGCAUUUUACUUUGCCCGAUUAGUCGAUUUUAAAUUUUCUACACAUUCUGAACAAGAUACUCAAUUUUAAACAUAUUUACAUAUUUUACUGUCCCACUUGAACCCCUUUAUUAAUCAAAAGUCAAAACAUGCAGGGUAUGUUUGAUUUUGUACAUAUCUCUGUUCUGAUGUUUAACAUGGAAAGACAGGGAAUACAAUGAUUUAAAGAGUUAAGUCCACAGCACUUGAUAUGUCCCAUAAGGUUCGUUUCCACUAUGUAUAUUUUGUACGAGAUAUUGUUUAAAAAAAUUUGCAAUGUCAAAAAUUUAUUUCUGUGGAAUAUGUGAUGCAAAUUAGUUUACAUUUUACCAUUAUCUUAACCAACGCACAUUCUACAUGAUAUGCUCAAAUAUUUAUGGUGUUAAGAUUCUCUAGGGACACAGUCCACAAUGGCCUUGGAACACCUCUUUGGCAGUUUGUGUGUUUACUGUUUAUACACAUGGCUUGCAAAAAGCGACUGUAGACUCUAAAUUCUGUUAAAGAUUAAUUUAGAUGUAUUUUCAGAUCCAUGAGAUGUCAUUUGUAUAUUAAUGGUCCUUUUCUCUAAUCUUUUAAAAUGUCUUGUGUAGCAUUUUUAGAGGACUUUAGUUUGUUAACUGUUUUCUUCAUCUAAAAUUACAACAACAAUACUCCAGGGUUCUAGAAAUAUAUGGUGUUAUAAUAUGUGUAACUAGAUGAAAAAUAAGGUUUAGUGGAAACGAACCUUUGCAUUAUUUUUACCUUGCAGUGUCAGUUAACAGUGAUUCCAAAGUAAAAUAUAGAUUCAUGGACACUUGUUCAGAUGUAACAGAAACAUACAGCUUUUAAUCCCAUAAUUUUCACAGUAUUUUUUUUGUCAAAACAAAAUUUGUAACUUCCAUUUAACUGUUAAGGGAAAAUGGCUUUGAAAAUUAAAAAACAGUAUUAUUGCACUCAACAAGUGUAAGAAAAGAUAUAGAGGCUUAGAUUUUUAGGGUAUAAACAGGUUUUCAUAUAUUUCCAGGUUACUUAUACUGUAAGACUUUAGCAACGUCAUUAAUAUCCAUUGGAAGAAAGUUUUACAUGACAUUAAAAUUGAUGUGUACUAUUACUAAAGUUAACUGGUGUUAUGCGGAGGUACUUUUUGUUUAUACAGACUGCUGCCUUAAAAACAGGAAAUUCACAACAGAAGUAAUAAUUUGGGUUUAUAACGGUUGUUUGAGAAAAAAAACUAAGAUUUUUUGGUAUGAUGAUAAACAGAAUUUUUAGCUUAGGAAAGCAUUAUAAUUCUUAAAAAUUAUUGGAAAAGUGAAACAGGAAGACCACGACAGGGUUUGCUUGUACUUGGGAUCAAUAAAUCGGGGAAGUCAUCUUAAUUAUUUAACAAUUAAUUUUGUAUACAAUAGUAGUAUGGAUAACCAAGGGGUACCCAAACAUAUGUAUGUAUAUAUACGUUAAAUAUAACCUUAUUUGUUGUUACUCAAAUACUUUGUAUUUAUAGAAUUUAUUCAUGUAUUCAAGAAUAUAACAUUUUUUAUAAAUAA